CCUCCAGCCGCGACCAGCCCAGGCAGCCUGUCGUCCAGUAGCGGGCACGUCGGGAAAGACACGCCGCCUCCAGGCCCGCACCCGCACCUGCAGCACCCCCUGCACCCCCAGCGACCUUCCAGCGGCAGCGCCUCGGCCUCGGGCUCCCCCAGCGACCCUGGCUUUAUGUCCUUGGAUGAAUAUGGCUCUAGCCCCGGGGACCUGAGAGCCUUCUGCAGCCAUAGGAGCAACACGCCCGAAUCCAUCGCCGAGACCCCCCCGGCCAGGGACGGCAGCGGGGGCGAGCUGUAUGGAUACAUGACCAUGGACCGGCCCCUAAGCCACUGUGGCCGUCCCUACCGCAGAAUCUCAGGGGACGGGGCCCAGGACUUGGACAGAGGGCUGAGGAAGAGGACUUACUCCCUGACCACACCUGCCCGGCAGCGGCCAGUGCCCCAGCCCUCCUCCGCCUCCCUGGAUGAAUACACCCUGAUGCGGGCCACUUUCUCCGGCAGCUCGGGCCGCCUCUGCCCUUCCUGCCCCGCGUCCUCUCCCAAAGUGGCCUACCACCCCUACCCCGAAGACUACGGUGACAUCGAGAUUGGGUCCCACAGGAGCUCCAGCAGCAACCUGGGCACGGACGACGGCUACAUGCCCAUGACCCCUGGCGUGGCCCUCAUGGGCGGUGGCAGCGGAAGCUGCAAGAGUGACGACUACAUGCCCAUGAGCCCCACUAGCGUGUCUGCCCCGAAGCAGAUUCUGCAGCCACGCGCUGCCGCGACGGCCUUGCCCCCCUCUGGAGCUGGAGUGCCCACGCCCACCUCGGCGGUCAGCAGGGCCUUUCCAGGGAACGGGGGCAACUACAAGGCCAGCUCCCCGGCCGAGAGCUCUCCCGAGGACAGUGGGUACAUGCGCAUGUGGUGUGGCUCCAAGUUGUCCAUGGAGAACGCCGACAGCAAGCUGCUUCCCAACGGGGACUACCUCAACAUGUCCCCCAGCGACGCAGGCACCGCGGGAACCCCGCCGGACUUCUCUGCUGCCCUGCAUGGCAGCGGGGAGAUGCUGCGGGGCGUCCCCGGCUACUGCUACAGCUCCUUGCCUCGCUCCUACAAGGCUCCAUACACCUGCACAGGGGACAACGACCAGUACGUGCUCAUGAGCUCUCCCGUGGGGCGCAUCCUGGAGGAAGAGAGGCUGGAGCCGCCAGCCAGCCCGGGGUCCACACAGUCGGCCAGCGCCUUCGCAGCUGGGGCAGGUGGCGGCGGCCACACCCAGCCGCCCCACCCAGCAGUGCCUUCGCCCGGGAGGCCGGGUGGCAGCGGCAGUGGCCGCCCAGAGAGCUUCCUGGGCCAGCGCUGCCGGGCCGUUCGACCCACGCGCCUGUCCCUGGAGGGGCUGCAGACCCUGCCCAGCAUGCACGAGUACCCCCUGCCGCCCGAGCCCAAGAGCCCCGGCGAGUACAUCAACAUUGAUUUCGGCGAGGCGGGCGCGCGCCUGUCACCGCCCGCCCCUCCGCUGCUGGCCUCGGCCGCCUCGUCGUCUUCGCUGCUGUCCGCAAGCAGCCGCGGCCACAGCGCUCGCUGCGCCCUCUUGUCCUGGGGGGUCUGCUCUUCCAUGCUUUUAAGGUUUGUUUUUUUUUUUCUAUUUUAAAAGAAGACUUCAAGUAACCGUUGUUCUUAGAAUCCCUGGCUGGUUUGUUAUCACACCCAACCUUACUUUUUUUUUUCUUUUGGUACAUUCUGAGGGUGUUUUUUGCUUUUAGUAAAGUUGGGAGAUACUGAAUUAUCAGGUUUACUUUUCUAGGAAUUUCUCGUGUAACUGAAAAGUUUAUUUUCUCCUCUAAUUCUAUGUUGAACAAAAAGUCUAAAUGGACUUGAAGGGCGUGUUUCGGCUCACAGAGGGUUUAUUUCUUUUUUUAUCAGAGUUGCUACUAGAAAUGCAAUUUUUAAUGUUAAGAACUAUAUUAUUGCAUUUUGUCGUGCAAGUCGGUGUCUGCGCUGCUCCUCAUGCAGAUAUGCCUGAAAAUAUGAAGUCUUUGUACCUACUGUGUGGGUUUGGAUUCUGUUUGGUGCAGCAUUGCUCACCAAAGGCCUGGGAGGCCCACCCGUUCCCUUCCGCUGUGCCGUGCCCCAGUCCCACGUGAGCCCACACGAGACUCGGUCUGCAUCCAAACCCAGAUUCUCAUGAGAAAUCAUAAAAAAGUCAUGAGUCAGAACGCACGUCCAGAAUGCUGCUCGAGUCUAUUUACCAGAGUACAUUUACCUGAUUUAUUUCUAAAAUCUUCUGGAUCCAGUGCUCACUGCGUUUUCCACUAACGUGUUUGAAAUCCUGGAGGCCAGCUCAGCGGUGGUGUGACGUGUCUGUGUUCUGACGUCAGUGCCGCCUGUGGCACUGCAGCUUUCCCCUUUGUCUUCAGGACAAUUUUAGUGGUUUUUUAGUGGUUUGUUUGUUUUUUCUUUCUUUCUUUGUUUAUUUGUUUGUUUGUUUCUUUCUUUUUUUGUAAAAUAGAGCAAAUUGGAGGAGGGACCUUUUGCCGGCAGCACUCGUACUCGUUUGCAUUCUGAUUCCUCCUUUAAAUAGGAAGGAAAGGGGUGGAAUUAGCGCUGGUCCCCAAGGGGUUAUGAUCCCUGGCCCAAGGGACUGUAUCCUCACAUGAACGUCAUUUGUCAAUGAGGCAGUGUAAAAAGAAAAGGUGGGGAGCGGCCAGGCUGCGUGACGUGUCACAUGGAACAACUUCGGUCCUUUUGCUGAAAGUGUUUUCCUUUUUAAUCAGUGACUGUAUGGAUAGGCGUCUCUGUGCCUGGCCAUCCUUACACGGCAGUGUCUAAACUGCGGAAUGUUAGUGUGCAGUUAUAUGGCGUUCGAGCUGUAUCAGCAAGUUUGCUUUCAGAGGCGUCCCUCCAGGAGCAGGAUCAGACCCGGCGUGCAGUUCCGCAGCCGCAAGAGCAGUGCACGGUUCUGGCCGCAUCUCUUCUCUGCGUUGCCGCGGCGCCUCCUCAGUUCAGAGAGUGUCUCCCAUCUCACUGGUGUUCACUGGACAGAUCGCAAAAUGAAUGAUUUGUUCUUUGUCUCUAGUAGAAUUAACCUAGAUAAUGAAAUAAAUAAAAACUUGCUGGAAAUCUCUCCAUUCAGAAGCGGAAGGAUUUCCAGGUGAAGGUACCAGGCUGGCAGUGUUAGGCUUUUUGCCCCCUAGUCGGCUGAACCAUCUGCAGAGGGAGGGAUGGUUUAACUUACUUUGAAAGUAAAUAAAGAAAAGGCAAACGUGUGCUCCCAUUCCUAGCUCUUAGCUCCUGCCUUCAUCCACUUUUCCUGGGACACGGAUGCGGGAUGCAGGAUGCAGAAUGCAGGGAGAGGAGUGAGGUGUGGUUCCCGGGUGGCCAGCUCCGCUUUGCUGCCGGGAUGCCCACCUGACCGCAGGGAGCCUGCUCGGGGCAGGCGAGCCCUGUAGCCCGGGCAUCUUCCCGAGCGGCUCCCCGCGCCUUUCCUGCAGCUGGUCCCCUCCUGGCGGUCCUCGCUCAGGGAUCUUGCCGGGGCACGUGUGGGAGGAUCUCUGAGUGAGCCGGGGCUGAGCCCCAGGGAUUUCAGUGGCAGGUGACUGAAGUUCCCAGGCUGCGGAGGAGGCUCGCAGGUCUUGGCGUCCUCUGCAUCCACGGUGUGUUGUCGUGUUGACGCCAGGGCCCAUCUGCACAUUUGAAGAUGUGCUGGAAGCCCGGCGCUCCUCCUGCCCAGACGUCUGUCUCUGUGCUGGUGGCUGCCUUCUUGCUGGUCUCCCGGGCCUUAGCCUGUGACGUCACGUGUGUGUGUGUGUGUGUGUGUGUGUGUGCCCGCGUGUGUGGGGUCGGCCUCCUUCCCCAGUCAUCCAUUGGCUCCCCUGGCUCACGUGUCAGACCAUGUCCCUGCCCCUUCCCCUCCCCGGAGCCCUGGGGCGGCUCGGUCCACCACUCAGCAUCUUAGGGAACGACGUUCCUCCCUGUCCCAACGUCGGAUUGCGUCUCUGGGUUGCCAGCAGCCCGCACUUCUCCUGGGCCCCUGGAGGAGCUUUGUUCUCCCUCUGCUGGUAACUGCGGCCGGGCAGCCUUCGGAAGACAGGUGUUUGCAGAGCGUGGGGCACACCUCAGAGCGUGGCCUUCCUGCCCUGCCAGGAGAUCGGUUGUCCUGUGACUCCUGCGCCGGCGGGAACAUUGUCCCCAUCCGCGGCCACGUGCCUCGCGGAGACCCCGCCCCGGCGCAGAAUUGAAAAUGAUGCUGGAAGCUCAGUGUGCAGAUAAAUGCGUGACAGUGAUUUCCUCGCCUUUUAGCUGCGUUUUCUUUCAUAACGCUCGUGCCCAGAGGUCAAGGUUUUCACAAUUGUGUUGAACUUCAAAAAAAUAAAAUUACACGUUCGACUUGGUCAGAGUUGAUGAAGUUCUCAUGAUAGGAGUCACUUCAUAGCAAUAAAGCGUCCUUAGAAACAGAGUGAACAUGUCCCUGAAUUUGCAGAGGGUAAAGAGAAGGAAGUUUUCAGCAAUAAGUAACCCUCGUUUAUAUGACUGUGCAUUUGAGUUUGAAGGAUUAAAGAACUCACUUGCUUAGCUGUUUUCAAGGUAGUGGGGUUUGGGGUUAACACGAGACAAUUUAGGCUCAUUCAGCUAAACGUCAGUGUAAAAAUAAAGUCAACAGAAAUCUUCCUGCAAGUGGACUCAUGGAGUCUUGACUGCCUCUAGGGGCGAGGGGCGCUUCUCAUGAACAGGACUGCGUGACAAAAUGCGCUCAUCUGGGGUGAGGCGCCCGUCCAGUGGAUUUUAACAAAUGCUCAUAUUUAAGGGAUAAAAACCUGCAGGCUCUCGCCGCAGUCUCUUAGGACCAGAAACCACAGGAGUGAAUAAAGUAGCUGGAGACACAUCUUUCCUUCAGAGAAAUGUUGGGGCCCUGCUCUCCAGUAAGUGUCAUUUGCUGAACAGUUAAAUGAAACAUUUUAAAGGACAUCAGCCUUUUGAAAAAUAAUAGAAGUGGCACUGCCUCAAAGUGUCACACAUAGGGGACUUUUGAAAAAAGUCAUGGGAAUAUACUGUCUUUGUGUUGUAGGCUGACAGCGCGUGUCUGUAAGGCUCCUGUUCUGGGGGGCACCGCCCGACUGCAGAGCAGGCAGGGGCUCACCCUCAGCCUGGGGGCCCGCUGGAAAUUUCUGUCUGGCUGGGGAUUAGUCCUCUGAGCUCAAGAUGAACAGAAAAGCAAGAGAUUCACAAAGAAUGUAAAUCCAGGAGGUGGUGGGAGCCUACAGUCAGAAUUCUAAGUGAUUUUAAAGGCGUUUUCAGAGAUGCAGUUUGAGUGACUCCAACUGCAAGGGAAGACAGCAUUCCUGUCUACGACGGGGCGUGACCCGCCGGGCACGCGUGUCACUGAGUAGUCACCAGCAUGAGGAGUGACCAGCAGCUUGGCAUUUUUGUUAAAAAGCCAAAAAGCUUUAAAAACAAAAAUGGGGAAAAAAAAGGGCAGCAUGCUAUGAAAUAUCGAUGUCUCCAGUUGCUAUGUCCCAUGAAGGAGGAAUAGACACAUAGAUUAAAAACAUGCUGAAAACAUUGGGAAUUAGGAAGAAGUUAAGGAAGUUGGCUCCUUCAGCCCCGAAUGGGGGAAACGGCGGGUUCUGGUGGGGGUCCCAGCACAUGUGCAGCCAGCUCAGCUCGAGGGGGCCCGUGGCGGAGGGAGACGGCACAGAACAGGAGCUUCUGAAACCGUGCGUCACCUUAGGCACAGGGUACCUUAUCCGGUGGGAAGGGUUUUCCGAGGGCAGAAGCGUGGCCGUGAUUACUUCGUCCACGUUCGGACUGUAACACACGUUUGCAUCGUCAGUGUGGUUGACAGCACGCUGUGACACGUGUCCUGGUUUUUGUCCUCCCUGAAGCCCUGAGAGGAAGGCAGUGGUCCCUCCCUCUCUGUCCCCACGAAGAGCCCAGACCCAGGCGGUCGGGGGCUGUCGCCAGGUCGCCCGGCUCCCCCUCCAAGGGUUGGGUCAGAAUUGUGAGCAGUUUUCUUGCGCUGAAAAUAGGACCCUCUUCACGGGCCUCGCGACUCGCUGUGAGUCUAGUCGCUCUGCCCCUUGGGAAACCGGCUGGGAAUUCACCCGUUGAACUCGUUUCGGGAAAACGGAGUGAGUAAGAGUUUGCGUCCCAAAGGGGAUCAUUUCCUGAAAGUGGCACGGAUCCCAAAGGCCGGGGAAGAGGGACCUUGUCUGUGUGUGCACGGCCGUCCCACUGACGUCUGUCUUUCCUCUUUCAGAGUGAAGAUCUGUCUGGCUCUGUCCCCACGACAUCACACGUCAGAGAAAAACGUUCAAAGAGGACACUCAGCGUUUCUUUUUUCUUUUUCUUAAUCCAAAGCUGCUUCCUGUUUUCUUUGGGAUCUGAGCAAUUACCACGUGUGGAAGCAUCUGCCACUGUCAGGCGUGGAGCCACCUGCCUCUCUCCCGCGUUCCCGCAGGGGGCGAUCAUCCUCGUGCUGUUCCUGUUGUGUUUUGUUUCGUUUUUUGAUGAAAUUAGCGGAAGAAGUGGUUCACAAGAAAAUUGGAUGUCUUCACGAGCCUUUUCGGUGGUGGCUGGUGUCUUGAGUUCUUCUUUACUUUCGUCCGGGCAGAGCAGGUCUCCCCUCAGCAUGCUGGGAGCCUCUACCCACAGGCACUAACGUGGUGAAAUCUGGAAUUUACUGGCAUCCGCUCAAAACUACCACCGUCCUACCUCAGUUCCAGGUGAAGCCGAUCGGCGUGGUCGGGGCCGGCGGGGCCUCACGCCCCUCUGCUGGGUCCCCAGCGGCCCUCGGCUCAUCCGGCUGGUCCCGUAUACGCGGCUGCUCGUGGACUCCAGUCCAGGUACCUGCGUGCUCACUCACAGACAAAGCCCAGUGUGGGACUGACGUUUCUCCGCGGGGAUGAAAUUUGAGAUUGGACUUUGAAGAUGAAUUAAUAAAUAAUAAUUAUUAUAUGUAACUGAAGCAAACCUACUUUUGGAAAUCAUCAACUCUGUUGGGUAGUGGGGGGUGGGAGGGGAGGGUCUGGGACAGGGGUCAAUAUCUCUUUUUACCUUUAACAGACUUGUUUAAUCUUCUCCAUGUAGACGUUUCUGUAGGUACUUCAAAUUGCAAAAGCCUUUGAUCCUAUUUACAGCUCAAAUGUCUCUGCUAUCCUUAAUCUUGAACUUGCAUUUCUCUAACCAAAAAUUCACGUUAGGCAUGUGGGCGGUUCAAGGGUGGUUAAGGAUUUGGCUGAUUUUUUAAAAAAAUGUAUUAUCUUUACUGUGAUGCUGUCACAUCAGCUGGCAAGGCUGCCCUGAACAACAACAACAGAACACCAAAAACAAAGACAAAAAGGAAAGGAACGGACGAAAGAGGCAUUAAUGGCCCCGUGUUAUUAAUAGAUGACGAAGAAGAAAAACAAUCGCACAGGACACGUUACUUGUCACAAAAACUCCCGACAGGGCUGCCCUUGUUUUGUGUGUUUUCAGUGUUCUGAGAAAUACCAGUAUUGUGACAGUUCUUGGCAGGUGUCACUGAAAACUGCUGACCUCGACCAGCAGAAUGUCACCUGAUCUCACUGCUCCCUUGCCACUGGAGGGGAGGGGCAUGUAGAGCCCCCCCUCCCCCGGGGGUGCGUCCCCAGUGCCUCUUCUCUGAGAGUCCUAUAGAGGUUACACGAAUUCAUUGGAGAUUUGAGGUGGGUUUUUUUGGAGAAAAAUAUAUAUAAAUAUAUAGAUAUAUAUCACUAUAGAAUAAUGCAUUAAUAAAAUGAGGCUUUUCUAGAGGAAGACCAAAAAAUUCAAUGUCUUAAAAAUAUAUUUAAUCGCAAUGCAAAAGUCUUCCUCCCAUGCUGAACUUUUAGAACAGAGGAUUGUAUUGCAAGACAAAGUUGAAUGUAAAGUGACUCCCCUGACCGUUUUUAAGGUUUUCCUUCUCUGGAAUCAGACAGCCCAGACGUGCACAGGAGACCACACAACAUUAGUUGGAAGGUCAUUCUUCAGUGUGUAAUAUACAGAGACUUUAUUGAAAUGUAUAAAAUGUCCUAAAGUUUUGGUUUAGUUUUGGGACUAAGGAUGGAUGGGUGGUCCUUGCUACGAAACUCCCCCCAGGAGGUGGGACUGAGCUGAGCGCAGCCUCUGCCUUGUAGUUAAGUAGCUUCCCUGUCCUCAGUGUAGCUGAGCUGCCACCCCAGUGGUUCGCGUUCCUCCUGCAACUUAAAACAAGCGAAGUAAGAAGUUGACACUAUACUAAAUUUCCUUCUAUCCUGUACAUUUCAAAAAAGGCAUAUGCAAUAUUUACAUUUUUAAUUUAGUUUACAGAAUGGAACCAAAAUGUAUAAAUGUUAUGUUUGUUAAAACUUCACGAUGUAUAUUGGGUCUUUGUACAUUUUGCCUGACUUACCUUAAAUUUAAAAUAUUUUUUGCUAUAUAAACUUUAAUAGUUAUUAAACAGUGUUUUCUUUUGGGGUACGUAUUGUUUCUGGAUAUCAAGAUGUUAAAUAUAUUUCUUGCUAUUGUGACAUGACAGCAGACUCUCGCUCUGUCUUCCCGCGCCCUCACGGUACACACGGGCCGCCGUGGCGCCGCGGGAGGCGGGACUCGGCGGGACUGCGGUAGCGUGUCGUGCGUAGUCUGUUCCCAUCACGGAUGCUCCCCUUAAUAGCCAUAUUGCAGUACAAUAAAGUACAUUAUUUAUGAAGCGAA